UCCAUUCUAAUCCAUAUCAGCAUGUAUGGAGGAGGCCAGGUGAAGAAUUUAAUGAUAAUUGUCUUGUUCUAGCUAUCAAAUCUAAAGAGAUUAUGAUGUGGGGAUAUUUUUCUUGGUGGGGUCUCAACCCUUUUAUCCGUCUUUACA